AUUUCGUCUUUACGUGGUAUUUUGUUUUACUAUUUUAUGUGUUGUUUUUCUUGUGACAAACGUGAAAUAAUUGGAAGUAAUGUCCCGUGAUGGGCUGCAUUACCAGCACCAAUAAGCUGCAAACCAAUGAAAAUGUAUUCCGGGUAAGAGUGGCCCAUCUGCAGCCCCGGCCCACUGGGAGCGGGAGUCCAACAACAAGUGCAACAACAACAACACGCAAUGGAUAUCUUGAACUGACACCGCGUGAGCUUAUUUUUUUGGCUCCUGGAAAUGAGCCCAUUGUGUGGGCGUUGCAGCAUUUACGACGAUAUGGCCUAAAUGCUGAUCUCUUUUCAUUCGAAGCCGGCAGACGAUGCAUGUCCGGUCCGGGCAUCUUUACGUUUCGUCUAUCCUUGCAAAAUGCCGAGCAACUAUAUCCCAUGUUCCAGCAUUACAUCAAUGCUGUCAACACGGAUGUGGAACGCGAGAGAGUCAACUCUGCGCAUUCGGUGCUAAUGGGCAUGGGUGGACGAACGCGUUCCGAUGUAAAUCCGCAUAGUAACAAUUAUCUGGAACCUGCGCCACUCCUAGCACGCAACUUAAACCAAACCGACGGCAGCCACGGACCAUCAGGACAGCAGGAACUCAAUACGACUCCAGAUUCACCCGAUCUGCUCUCGUUUACACCGUACACCAAUACACCGACCAAUUUGUAUUUCGAUCAGGCGUUCCGCGGACUAAGUGAAUCGUAUUCAUCUCAUCAAAAAGAGGAUGCUAAUGAGGUCAAUUCUAGUCCAACCACAGGAAGAACAUUGGAUAGACCACCACAGGAAACGGCACCGCCACCUGCACCUUCUUCGGCUGCUAUGACCGAUUCCAUGAUGCAUAUGUAUGCAAAUGUAGAAACUCCUACAGCCUGCAAUCUAAGAGAUCGGAUGAUCUUUGACUUGACCGCCAACAGUGAACGUUGCUAUGAAAAUGUUAGUCGCUUGGAUUUGCCAUUGCAACGUGAAUCUUGCUCAUCGAAUGUUUCGGUAUCAGCUGCCCCAGCAGAACCAAAUACACCUACAUCAACUGCUCCAAGUUGUGGAAGUGGUGGCGUCAACUAUAUAGUCCUGGAUUUAGAUCAACCACGUAGCCCGGCGGCAGUGCAAAAUUCGCCGAAAACUUUGGCCAAUGGCUUCGGUAGUGGACUCUCCUUGGUCUCAGUGGUGGCCACUGCCAAAACGGCUCCUGUGACUCCAGAGGCUUCGACUAAUACCACCAAUGCGGGAUUAGAUGCACAGGCAGGUGGUUCAUUGCAAGCUCAAAGUCUUAAUAGUGUUGUGGCAGAGUCGGAACCAUUAUCAAUGACGAAAACAGAAAAUCCCUCCGCUCCAACCAUCGCAUCGUCAUCAUGCACACAGGGUUAUUCCACAAUUGAUUUUAUACGUACUUAUGCCCUGAACAAGUCAUCCACUGAGAUGCCAGAAUUGCCGCCUCCCGCCCAUCUUCGCCACCAUCACCAACAUCCGCAUGAAGCUGAGGAAUUGCGUAUAACGCGACACAGCAAAUGUAUACGCAAAGCAUACUCCAUAAGUGAAUAGAUCGAUGGUGCCAGGACAUGUCCCACAAAGAGAAGGACAACGAAUUUACCCAACAUCCACCAAGAGAAAUGGAAAGACAGAAAAAUGCUGUUUUGGAACUAGGUGCCAAAAAGAGACGUCUACAUUUUAUGGUAGACGUAUAAAUGACCAAUUUCAAAAGUUUUCUAACGAUAUUAACGGUUUCGAUUAUUUACCAAAUAAGUCAUCGUUAAAGAAAAUCGUCAACGGUUUCCCAUCGUUUCUUCUAUAACUAUGAAUUCUGUUCCAAAAGCCGAUAAACUUUCAAUGAAGAGACUGCUAAGAUAAGGCCACAUAUGUAUAUUAACCAUAGUUAAUGUUGAGGCCAAAAAGGUGCCCUGUGUACCCUAUGAAUAACACAGGUUCUGAAAGGGCUUAGGGGAUAUAUACACCUGAUCAUUUGUUCAAGUAAAAAAGAUGUGAAAAGAUUUUAAGACUAGAUUUUCCAAUCUAGCAGUUGUUAUAGCCUAAAUUUAAAAUCAUUAAUUUGUAAACCAUUUUUUAAACAAAAGUUUCUUACAUAGUCUCAGAAAUUUCUUUAAAUUUGCUUUAAAUCUUCAAAAAUCCAAAAAGAAAAAAUAUUUUCCAACCUCAUAGGCGUAUAUGUAUAUCCCCUGACCAAAUUUCUAAGAACCGUCAGGUUUUUAAAAUUAAAAAAUGGUGUAAGUCUCUUCAGUUGAAGGUCAAGUUAUCGGUUUGAAAACUUAUCGAACGGCUUAAGAAAUGUUCUGAUAUUUAGUUUUGAGGUAGGUCUUAGAUAAAAAACAAAAAAAAUUGUAACCAGGUUGUUUGAAAAUGCAGAAAUAUUGCAUACGUACUUAUAUAAUAUACACCAACACACACACAUACACAAUAUUUAUAACUAAAUAACUUCAAUUUAUCUGUAAAA